CAUGUUUUGAGGAGCUCUGACACUUAAUUACACUGAAGAAGGGGAGAAUAUGUGACCUUUAACCUGUACUGAUACAAGAUGAACUUGCACCACAGAAAGAUAAAACAAAGACUAAUAUCCAUAUUAACCCUCAUCACCUUUUCAUUUCUAUAUCAUUGUGAUUAUUCCACCUUUGAAGUAGUAUGAAGGUGUUUCCAUCCCCCUGAUAAUGUCUCUGCUCUCGUCACAGACUCCCACAGAGAAGAUGAAGACCAUAGUGAGGCUCCCCCUUCUGCUGUGUGUGGUUGGCUUGUGUGUGUAUAUGAGAGAGUACGUGUUGCAGGAACCUUUUCUGCAUCAAACCACCUGGGACUGUGAGAGCAAUUCAUCAGCAAAGGAUCCGUGGUUCAAUGAUCGUUUCAACAAAUCAGUUAAACUCUUUAUGUCUCCAAAUGACCGUCUACCAGAGCGAGCCUUUCAGUGGUGGAGGCGCAUGCGGGGAGAAAAGGGUAACUUCAGUGUGUAUAAAGAGGCGGUGUCCGAGGCAUUUCAGGUCCUGCCUCACUCUCCUAACGUUCUGGAUCCGACCCCCCGGAGCUGCAGGAGUUGUGCUGUGGUCGGUAACUCUGUCAGCUUGAGGGGAUCACGUUAUGGACCUCUCAUAAACUUCCAGGAUCUUGUCUUUAGAAUUAACGGUGGUAGGAUCAAAGGAUUUGAGGCAGACGUCGGGAACAAAACCACUCAUCACAUCAUGUUCCCUGAGAGUAUGCAGCACUUGGACAACACCACUCGUCUGGUCAUGUUUCCAUUCAAGACGGCUGAUAUCCGAUGGAUUGGGAAGGCCAUAUCCACAGGAUAUUACGGAACCCCACACUUCAGAGCAAAGGUCAGAGCCAACAAGAAUUUGGCGAUGGUGGUCAACCCGGUCUUUAUGCAAUACGUCCAUGAAGCAUGGCUGGAAAAGAAGGGCUAUUAUCCUUCCACUGGAUUUAUGACUUUGGUUCUGGCCAUGCAUCUUUGUGAUGAGUUACACGUGUUUGGUUUUGGAGCAGAUGAAAAUGGAGACUGGAACCAUUACUGGUCCUUAAACGCUUGGAAGCUCAUCAAAACUGGAGGCCAUCCCGGAGCAUUUGAGUACCAAACCAUCGAGAAGCUGGGGGAGCAUCGAAUAAUCCGCUUUUAUCGAGGCUGGGGUCCUCAUGCUCUUCAUUUAAUGAACAAGGAGAGCAAAGUGUGAGGCUGAAGACAUGGGACUAAUUAUUCAUCAUCAGGGAUGUGAAAUGAGUCAUUUUAAGUUAAUCACAAUUAAUCAUACUUUUCAUUGAAUGUUUGAAAUUCACAGUUUUUAUGCUUUUAUUUUGUAUUUUUGCUGGGGGUACUUUAGUUGCUGUUUUAAUUGAACCCUGCUUUUAUUUUGAAAUAAAGUAAGGAACCAGAGUGACCACGCCCCUGUGUGGACAAAAACUGCCCUGAGAAUGUUUUGGUGGUAGAUUAGAAAACAGCGUCUGGAAAGCAAUGAAAUGGUAGAGCGCGGCUUUUUGCACUUUGAUGUCAAACAACAUGGAGGAGGGAGGAGGAGAAGAGCUCUUUCUCUUUCUCUUUCUGCUGGACAUAGUUUAGUUAUUUAAGUGAAUAAUUUAUGAUGUCCUUUGGAGUGUACCGACGUCGUCUUCUUCUAAUGAGUGUUCGACAGGCUUUGAGCUGUAAAGUGUGAUCCUGCCCCCUGGAGGCUAAGUGGUUGUCAUGCAGCGCCUCAACCUUUUCAGUCAGAAAGGAGGGGUGGAUUCGAAUUGUCCCUCCUAUCUCCUUUCACUAUCCACUUCACCUUAACCCCGGGGAAAGGGUCUUGAGGUUAAGGAAAUAUGUUAGGAAGUCAUAAAGGACUUAAGGAAAGGCGAUCGCGUUGCUCUGACAAUCCGACCACAUUUCCACAAGGCGACGGCAUUAAAUGCGACAGGUCAGCGGAGGUCAAUGACGUGGGUCUGCCGUGUUGAAACUACAAUGUUCCGAAAAUGGACUACUAAAAGCGCAUCUAAAAAACGUUCCCCUGUGCCUUCUUAACAGUGAAAUAGUCCUAAUUACCACAAGGUUGGGAUUGAAAAUAAUAUCAAAAUAAGUAUGAUUGUAUGAAAUUAAUUGUUACAUUUAUGCAAGAUAUAGCCUACACAUGUUUGUAAGCAUGCAAAUGUACAACUGCACAAAGCAUUCUUAAGUGAAUGAAAUAUGUUGAAUAAAACAUGAUCUG